AGAGCGAGAAGAGGGGCAGAAACAGAAAAACUGAGAGAAAUAAAGCAGCUGUACUUCUCUAGCAGAGCUCUUUGACAAGCCGAGCGCUUGAGGAUCGACUGUAACUCAAUCUGAUACUGUAACUGUUCGCUUCUGCUGCUGCAUUCAACAUGUUGCAGACGGCUAAACAGCUUCCCUGGAUAUCGCUGACAUCGCCAUUGUUUGACUAAAGAUGGACACACUAGAGUCUGAGCUGACCUGCCCAAUCUGUCUGGAGCUUUUUGAAGACCCUCUACUGCUGCCCUGCGCCCACAGUCUGUGCUUCAACUGCGCCCACCGCAUCCUGGUGUCCCACUGCACAUCACUGGACGAGUCUUCCAAACCGUUCUCCGCUUUCCAGUGUCCCACCUGCCGCUAUGUCAUCACCCUCGACCAGCAAGGCCUAGACGGACUAAAGCGCAACGUCACUCUGCAGAACAUAAUAGACCGCUUCCAGAAGGCCUCCCUGAGUGGACCCAACUCCCCGAACGAAACCCGCCGCUGCACCCCAUCGCGCAACCACCGUGACCAGUUCCCGUCUAGCCUGGAUGAGGGCACAGCCAUGAGUUCCUCAUGUGAGCCAGUCCAAUGCCAGUUCUGCGAGCAGGACCCGCCGCAGGACGCCGUGAAGACUUGCGUCACCUGCGAGGUGUCGUACUGCCAGGAAUGUUUAAGGGCGACGCACCCCAACAAGAAGCCCUUCACGGGGCACCGGCUGACGGAGCCUCUGCCGGACUCACGCCUCAGAGGUCUGGCCUGUCCGGAGCACAGCGAGGAAAAGGUCAAUAUGUACUGCAUCACCGACGAACAGCUCAUUUGUUCACUGUGCAAACUGGUGGGACAUCACCGCGAGCAUCAGGUGUCGGCAUUAGGAGAGAGAUAUGACAAGCUGAAGCAAAUGUUGGAUUCCAACCUCAGCAAUUUGAUCAAGAGGAACAAUGAGUUAGAAAACCUGAUGGGGAAGUUGAUACAGACAUGUCAACAUGUGGAGCACAACGCAGCUCAUCAGGAGAGUAAACUAGCAGAGGAAUGUGAUCUUCUGAUAAACAUCGUCCAGCAGAGAAGACAAAUUAUUGGCACAAAGAUACGGGAAGGAAAGGUGGUGCGGUUAAGAAAACUCGCACAGCAGAUCACCAACUGUAAACAGUUCAUAGAAAGAUCAUCAUCUCUCAUAACUCAAGCUGAUCAGGCUCUGAAAGAAACCGAUCACGCCCGCUUCCUACAGACGGCCAAGAGCAUCGCUGAGAGAGUCUCCAUGGCAACCGCAUCCUCACAGGUCCUGAUCCCAGAGAUAAACCUGAAUGACACGUUUGAUGCGUUCGUGCUGGACUUUGCCAGAGAGAAGAAGAUGCUGGAGGGUCUGGAUUACCUCACAGCUCCAAAUGCCCCGACCAUCCGCGAGGAGCUCUGCACAGCAUCUCAUGACACCAUCACCGUCCACUGGACCUCAGAGGAUGAAUUCAGCAUUGUUUCCUAUGAGCUUCAGUACACCAUCUGCACCGGACACACCAACCUCGUCAGUCUUUGUAACUCCAUGGACAGCUGGAUGAUCGUACCCAACAUCAAACAAAACCAUUACACGGUUCACGGCCUGCAGAGCGGGACAAGGUACAUCUUCAUCGUGAAGGCCAUGAAUCAGGCCGGGAGUCGCAGCAGCCCACCUGGCAAACUGAAGACAAACAGUCAGCCGUUUAAACUCGACCCAAAGUCUGCACACAGGAAGUUAAAGGUGUCACAUGACAGUUUGACUGUGGAACGGGACGAGGCUUCAUCUAUGAAAAGCCAUGCACAGGACCGCUUCGGCAGCUCUGGGAACUAUGGAGUCACUGGAAACGUGUACAUUGAUAGUGGACGUCACUACUGGGAAGUUCUGAUUGGAGGAAGCACAUGGUUUGCCGUUGGAAUUGCGUAUAAGUCAGCUCCUAAACACGGAUGGGUGGGCAAAGACUCUGCGUCAUGGGUGCUCUGUCGCUGUAACACCUCAUGGGCUGUGAGACAUAAUGGGAAAGAGUAUCCGGUCGAGCCGUCUCCUCAUAUGCGGCGUCUAGGCGUUCUGCUGGACUACGACACCGGAUCUUUAGCUUUCUACGACGCCGCUGGAACGCAACACCUGUACACCUUCGACGUAGCUUUCUCACAACCCAUCUGCCCCGUGUUUAGCGUGUGGAACAAGUGCUUGACCGUCCUCACGGGUCUGCCUAUACCUGACCAUUUAGAGGUCAGUGACCCCCAAGAUUGACUUGAUAGGCCGGAAUCAACAUCGGUCUCGGGAGAUCCGAUCACAUGUGGUAAAUACAGGUGUAAACAGGGUCAACUGCUAAUUCAUCCUAAAAUGUCACAGACAACAGUGAAGGACCGCCCACUCACCUGUCAAUCAAUCACUGAAGUGCAAAUAUAAAAGAAAAUUUGCUGUUUUUCUAGAAAUCCAUUUAAACAUUUUUGUUUUGCAAAGAAAUUUGUAGAUAGUUGCGCACUCUUUUAAAACUGCCUGACACAUAUCAUGGCACACACUUGUGUGUAGUCCACUUUAGGCUUCACUUAAUAACACUGACCUUUUUAGUCACAUUUAGUGACGAUCUUUUAUAUGAUUCAUACUUUAUCAACAUGCAUUGACACAGUGAUGAAUUGACUGAUGUAUGAAACCAGAGACUCAAACCAGAAAUCUGAGGUUCAACAGGAGACACCCAUUAUUGAAAUGGUUAUUACAUGUGUGAUGGGAUCUCCCAAACCGAUCUUAAUAGCAGAUGUAAAACCUUGAGAGGCUUACAAAACUAGACCAAAAUCUCAUAUUUUGGCUGAAUGAGUCCACGAUACCAGUCCUGAUAUCAAUAAAUAAGAAUAUAAUGUGCUUCACCUACAUUCCAUGAUUGAGCACCUUAAAUAAUACUUACUGUUGAUGUCUGAACAGAAUUAUUUAUGAAUCUUUUAACCCCUUUUUUUUUCUUAUGUCACGCACCUUGGGUCACUUUAUGUACGUGUUCAAUAGGGUUUUGAUUAUAACCUGAUAUAUACAGAUUAACAACGAAAUCUUGACCUUUAGUUACAGUGUUAAGUUUAGUUGCAUUGAAUAGGGACACUUUCAUCUGUGCUCACAUGAUUUAAUUGAGUGUUUUCUCAUUAUUAGUAUGAAACAAUCUGCUCUGGUAAUGGUCCUCAUCUAUCCUGUCUUCCUGAAAUAUUGGCUAUGUUCAGAAUGGAUUACUAACUUUCUGCUUACGGAAUAAUGUGUAGUAUGAACUGUUCACUACUUGUAGUACGCUAUUUUUUAUUUUUAAAUGGUAUGUGAAACAAUGCACUAUUGCACAAAACAUUUAAAAGUAGUACAUCAGCGAGUGGUGCACAGUUAUCAUCUCAGAAAUAGAAAUCCUUUGUUUUGUUUUUUGCAUUUUUAAAAGUUUUCAUAUAAAUGUCUUGUCUUUGGCAGUCUAAGGGAACGGAUAUUAAAAAUGAAUGCAGUUCAUGUUACUUCCAGUUUAUUUUUGUUACACUGGAAAUGCAGGGUUGAGCACAAUCAUGGAUACAGAACUGCAAUGCCAUCAUAUUCUGUACUGCACCUUAGGUCAUCUGGAUAUUCUAUGCAUAGAUUUGCGUACUGUGCACAGUGUAACUAUAUACUGCUGUAGUAUAGUAUAGAUGUACAGUGUGAUAAUAAUGGUGUGCUAUUCUGAACACAGCCAUAUAUUGUACUUGCACUUUUUAUAUCUGACCCUUGACCUUGUAACACUGCAAGACAACUGUGACAUACUAUUUAACCUUUUACUAUUUAAAGGUUUAUGGUUCCCCUUUAAAUUGCUGUGAUUGUCAUGUGACAUUAAAUAAAAAUGCCAAAGUUUGAUUAUAAUAUAAAUUUUCCAUCUUCAUCCCUGUGUCCUCAGGAUUUGUCAUUUUCACAGAUUUGUGUUGAAUAGACCAACCAAAAGCACAAAAAGUUUGAGCAAAACCUGCUUUUAGUCAUAAAAGUAAUCUGAAUAAAGAUUUAAUCUCUUAUUAGAAACGUUUUAUUACAGUUGCAGAUUAAGUGGCACCUUUUACUGCACUUUAUUCAGUUCUUAGGUUUUAUUUUCCUGAUUAGAACUUGUUUUUUUGUAAUUGUUUCAAUAUUGUAUAGUGUUAUAUUUUGUAAUCCAAUUUUUUUCUGAAGUAGAAAAUAUUGUAAAUAAUGUCCUGGCAUGGAAUAAUAAAAUGGUUUGUCCCAUUAUAAA